AUGUUGAUGUAUGUAGAGGUGUUUGCUGCUAUUAUGGGCAGGGUGCGAGACCCAAAUACUCUCAAUGAACGCAGGGAUACAAAGAAUGGAAACAAGAGGGACAAAAAGAGAGGAAACAACAGGGACGCAGGUUGUGGAAACAGCAGGGACAUAGAGAGUGGAAAAAAUAAGGACACAGAUUGUGGAAACAACAGGGACACCGAGAAUAGAAACUACAAGGACACAGAGAGUGGAAACAACAGUGAGUCGGAAAGUGAUAACAACAGUGACACAGAGAGUGGAAACAACAGGGACACAGAGAGUGGAAACAACGGUGACACGGAGAGUGGAAACAACAGUCACACAGAGAGUGGAAACAACAGGGACACAGAGAGUGGAAACAACAGGGACACAGAGAGUGGAAACAACAGGGACAUAGAGAGUGGAAACAACAGCCACACAGAGAGUGGAAACAGCAGGGACACAGAAAGUGGAAACAACAGGGACACAGAGAGUGGAAACAACAGCCACAAGGAGAGAGUGGAAACAACAAGGACACAGAGAGUAGAAACAACAGUGACACAGAGAGUGGAAACAACAGGGAUACAGGAAGUGGAAACAACAGGGACACAGGAAGUGGAAACAACAGUGACACAGAGAGUGGAAACAACAGGGACACAGAGAGUAGAAACAACAGGAACACAGAGAGUGGAAACAACGGGGACACAGAGAGUGGAAACAACAGGGACACAGAGAGUGGAAACAACAGGAACACAGAGAGUGGAAACAGCAGUCACACAGAGAGUGGAAACAACAGGGACACAGAGAGUGGAAACAACAGGGACACAGAGAAUAGAAACAACAGUGACACAAAGAGUGGAAACAACAGGGACACAGAGAGUGGAAACAACAGAUAAACAGAGAGUGGAAACAACAGGGACACAGAGAGUGGAAACAACAGUGACACAGAGAGUGGAAACAACAGGGACACAGAGAAUAGAAACAACAGUGACACAGAGAGUGGAAACAACAGGAACACAGAGAGUGGCAACAACAGGGACACAGAUUGUGGAAACAACAGGGACACAGAGAAUAGAAACAACAGUGACACAGAGAGUGGAAACAACAGGGACACAGAGUGGAAACAACAGGGAAACAGAGAGUGGAAACAACAGUGACACAGAGAGUGGAAACAACAGUGACACAGAGAGUGGAAACAACAGGGACACAGAGAGUGGAAACAACAGGGACACAGGAAGUGGAAACAACAGGGACACAGAGAGUGGAAACAACAGUGACACAGAGAGUGGAAACAACAGGGACACACAGAGAGAAAACAACAGGGACACAGAGAGUGGAAACAGCAGGGACACAGAGAGUGGAAACAACAGGGACAUAGAGAGUUGA